AAUCACAGGCUCUCAGCCGGCAGCCACAAAGCCACCGCGAAAACCCACCAAAAGCCAGGCAGCGGGGACUUCGUGCCAGGGCCUCCCAACUUUCCAUCGAAAUUUUCGUCUGAGCUGACUUCUAGAAAUUGCGAUCCCGUGUACGCGUGGCGACAAAUUGUUGAGGAGCCGCUGAUCGCGGUAGCAUUGGCAGGACUUAUAAUCAGCAUUGCGUUCUUCAACUUCGCUGGAAUAACCGUCACUAAAGUGCUUUCUGCAACUACCAGAACUGUGGUGGACAGCAUCCGAACUGUUGUCAUUUGGGCAGCCAGCAUACCAUUAUUCCAUGCGAAGUUCAUUCCAUAUCAGAUAAUCGGAUUUGUGCUGCUUAUUCUUGGUAUGUGCUUCUAUAAUGACAUAAUAUUUGGUCCAUGGUAUCGUACUAAAUUCUUACCGGACAUUAAUACCACCGAAGAACCUAGAGGGUGUACUCGAUGUUGCUUCGCUUUCUGGGGUGUGGAGAAAGAGGAAGAAGAUGAAGAGGAGCAAGAUCGAAAAUCCUCGAUAUCCACCAUAGAGGACCCACAAACGCAAAAAACUAUCCAAUCGACUCGCUCAGCACGUUCAGCUCGCUCAGUUCAUUCGCAUCAAAGCGCAGUGUCCAUCACCGACGAGGGCCUUCCUGACAGUCGACGCUAGGCGUGAACAUUGAACGCGGCGUGCAUUACGGAUCUCGCAUGCAAUUCUACGUCGCAGAAGUUUGAAAGCACACUAGAAAUUUGUUCCUGAAGUUUAAUAAUGCACCGUGCGUUAAUCAUCCACUGAUUCACAUCAUAUCCAUUCUUCAAGGAAAGAUUAUGUAUGAUGCUAUGUUCUUCUUACUUUGUGCUAUGUAAUUCGUAAUUCGGUUUUCUCCAUCGAUCUGUACGUGAACUGGCUUUUGAAUUGCACUUCCCUAUACGCAUUGACAAGCAAUGUUCUGUAAUCCUGCAUAUUAUUUCCAUUAUCCAGCCUAUCUGUUAUACUUCUCCAAUCUACUUGUAACUGUUUCUCUAAUCUCUUUCGCACCUUGGCAGUCUGCGUAUCGAUUGAGCUUGGUGUUUAUCCUUGUAAUACAUGUGGAUAUAAGCCGCCGGAGUUUUUUGCUGGUUCGGAGCGUGUAGU